GAGAGGAAGAACUCAUGAAGCUUUACAUCAAAAAUGAGUAAUCUUAAACAGUGAUAACAUGGCAUCUUCCUACGACAAUUCCUCGGAGGAACAAACAGAACUACGCAGACUUCACAUUAAACUUAUCUCUGAAAUUAACGAUAAUUUAGAUCAAAAAAGCAUAGAGUAUGAAAAAUUAUUUUUUUAUUUCGGAACUUAUGUGCCUCCAGGAUUAAUUGCCAAUAAAUCAAGUCUAGAUAAAUUUAAAACUUUAUGCACCAGAAACAUCAUUACACCAGGAGAAAAUUAUGAAAAAUUGAAACAGAUAUGUCGAGACAGUGGAAAUGAUACUCAUGUAAAUACAAUAGAAAAAUAUGAAAAGGAAAUGGAAAAAGUUCGAACUCGACAUAGAUAUACAGAAAUCAAGAUGGCACAUGAGAUACAUUUAAAGAAUAACAAAUACCGGCAGUGGGUUAAGGCUGGCCUAGGCUUGGGUUAUCUUAAAGAGGGACUUGCGCCAUUUUGUGAUGACAUAGGAAGGCAGCAGCACAACGAUAUUAUUAACAAAAUACAACAAACAAAGACUCCUCAACCAAACAUACCAUGUAGCGCCUGUCAGAUAACAACUCUCCAGCCAGAUCAUGUCCGAGUCUCAAAAGGGAUAUGUCCCCUCAAACAAGAUAAAUGUAACUGUUGUUUUCCUAAUAAUAAGAGACCCUGUCCAAACAAUGUAUGUGGUGCCAUCUAUGACAGCAUUAUACAGUAUCAUGCAUCAAUGCCACCUGUACCUUUUUGGAAAAACAGUGAUGUCCAACAGUGGUCAACAGAACCGUGGGAGGUUUGCAAAUGUUUUAUAAAUGCUCCUGGGUACAAGGACAAGACAUCAGCAGUCGACACUGAUUGCACCGGGUUGCUUCAUGUUAUCAUAAAUAACAAGUACUUUCAUAGUCAUAUUGGAUGCAAUGUUACAGGACCAAACAAUCUUUUUUCAAAGAUUCUGUAG